CGCCGCGGCAGCCGAAGCGCGAUCGAUGCCGGGAGCGCGGAGGAGGAGGCGGCGGCGCUGCUGAGAGGGGGGGCGGCCCCGCCCGGAGAUGGGGAUUCUCAGCAUCACGGACCAGCCUCCUCUGGUCCAAGCCAUUUUUAACCGUGAUAUAGAGGAGGUGCGGUCAUUACUGAGUCAGAAGGAGAAUAUCAAUGUAUUGGACCAAGAGAGACGAACCCCUUUGCAUGCAGCUGCAUACUUAGGGGACACCCCUAUUGUUGAACUCCUAAUAUUAUCAGGUGCUAACGUCAAUGCAAAGGACACUCUUUGGCUAACCCCGUUACACCGUGCUGCAGCUUCUCGUAAUGAGAAGGCACUUAACCUCCUCCUAAAGCACUCGGCAGACAUCAACGCUCGUGACAAGUAUUGGCAAACACCAUUGCAUGUUGCUGCUGCCAACAGAGCUACCAAGUGUGCUGAGGCCAUCAUCCCGCUGCUUAGUAAUGUUAACGUGGCAGACCGCACUGGCCGCACGGCACUGCACCAUGCUGUACACAGUGGGCACAUUGAGAUGGUAAACUUGCUCUUAAACAGAGGGGCCAAUCUGAGCACAUGUGACAAGAAGGAGAGACAGCCAAUACAUUGGGCAGCCUUCCUGGGGCAUUUGGAAGUCUUGAAGCUACUGGUGGCCCGUGGAGCUGACAUCACGUGCAAAGACAAAAAGGGUUACACACUGCUGCAUACAGCAGCAGCCAGCGGCCAGAUUGAAGUUGUGAAACAUCUGCUGAGGCUUGGAGUUGAGAUUGAUGAACCAAAUUCCUUUGGCAACACUGCACUUCACAUUGCCUGUUACAUGGGCCAGGAUGCCGUGGCCAAUGAACUGGUCAACUAUGGCGCCAAUGUCAAUCAGCCCAAUGAAAAGGGCUUUACCCCUCUGCACUUUGCUGCCGUCUCCACCAACGGAGCCCUGUGCCUGGAACUUCUUGUCAAUAAUGGAGCUGAUGUGAACUUUCAGAGUAAAGAAGGGAAGAGUCCUUUGCACAUGGCUGCCAUUCAUGGACGGUUUACACGCUCUCAGAUUCUCAUACAAAAUGGCAGUGAGAUUGACUGCGCUGACAAAUAUGGCAAUACCCCCCUCCAUGUUGCUGCUAGAUAUGGCCACGAGCUGCUAAUUAGUACUUUGAUGACGAAUGGUGCUGACACUGCAAGGCGUGGGAUCCAUGACAUGUUCCCCCUGCACUUAGCUGUUCUCUUUGGAUUCUCAGACUGUUGUCGUAAGCUACUUUCCUCAGGUCAGUUGUACAGCAUUGUCUCCUCACUCAGCAACGAGCAUGUGCUGUCUGCAGGCUUUGAUAUCAAUACGCCAGAUAACCUCGGGAGGACCUGCCUCCAUGCUGCUGCUUCCGGAGGGAAUGUUGAAUGUCUUAACUUGCUGUUGAGCAGCGGAGCUGACUUGAGGAGGAGAGAUAAGUUUGGAAGGACUCCUUUGCACUACGCAGCCGCGAAUGGCAGCUAUCAGUGUACAGUGACGCUAGUCACUGCCGGAGCCAGUAUUAAUGAAGCUGACUGUAAAGGCUGCACCCCCUUACAUUAUGCUGCUGCUUCAGACACUUACAGGAGAGCUGAGACUCAUUCAGGAAACAGCCAUGACACUGAUGAAGAGCCACUGAAAGAGUCACGACUGAAGGAGGCCAUCUUUUGUUUGGAGUUCUUACUGGAUAAUGGUGCUGACCCCUCUCUCCGAGACAAGCAGGGAUACACCGCUGUCCAUUACGCAGCUGCCUAUGGCAACCGACAGAACCUUGAGUUGCUCCUGGAAAUGUCGUUUAACUGCCUGGACGAUGUGGAAAGCACCAUUCCAGUCAGCCCUUUGCACUUAGCUGCCUAUAAUGGUCACUGUGAAGCCCUGAAGACACUUGCUGAAACCCUGGUGAACCUGGAUGUGCGGGACCACAAAGGGCGGACAGCUUUGUAUCUUGCCACGGAGAGGGGCUCUACGGAAUGCGUGGAGGUGCUCACCAGCCAUGGUGCUUCUGCUCUUGUGAAGGAGAAAAAGAAGAAGUGGACACCCCUCCAUGCUGCUGCUGCCUAUGGGAACACAGAUUCCCUACAUCUUCUCAUUGACAGUGGGGAGAGAGUCGACAUCACUGAUGUCAUGGACAUCCAUGGACAAACCCCAUUGAUGUUGGCAAUCAUGAAUGGCCAUGUAGAUUGUGUCCACCUCUUACUAGAGAAGGGAUCCACAGUGGAUGCAGCAGACAGAAGAGGCAGGACUGCAUUGCACCGGGGAGCUGUUACUGGCUGUGAAGACUGCCUUGCAGCACUGCUGGACCAUGAUGCCUUUGUAUUGUGUCGGGAUUUCAAGGGCCGGACCCCGAUCCAUUUUGCCUCGGUGUGUGGGCAUUCUGAAAUCCUGAGGACCUUGCUGCAGGCAGCGCUCUCUACUGACCCUCUGGACUCCGUAGUGGAUUAUAGUGGCUACUCACCAAUGCACUGGGCUUCUUACAGUGGGCAUGAAGAUUGUCUUGAAUUGUUACUUGAACACAAUCCAUUUGCAUACCUAGAAGGAAACCCCUUUACUCCAUUGCACUGUGCAGUAAUUAACAACCAGGAUGGCACUGCUGAGAUGCUUGUUGAAGCAUUGGGUGCCAAGAUUGUUAAUAGCAGAGAUGCCAAAGGAAGGACCCCCCUUCACGCUGCUGCCUUUGCAGACAACAUCCAUGGUUUACAAUUGCUUUUGCAACACCAGGCUGAGGUAGAUGGAACUGACCAACUGGGGAGGACCCCUCUUAUGAUGGCUGCUGAAAAUGGCCAGACAGCGGCAGUUGAGUUCCUGCUAUACAGAGCAAAAGCAGAUCUAACUGUGCUGGAUGUCAACAAGAACACAGCUCUUCACCUGGCCUGCAGUAAGGGUCAUGAAAAGUGUGCCUUGUUGAUUCUGGGGGAAACCCAAGACCUUGGCCUUAUCAAUGCAACAAACAGUGCUCUACAGAUGCCACUCCAUAUUGCAGCUCGAAACGGAUUGGCCUCUGUUGUCCAGGCUCUGCUGAGCAGAGGUGCCACUGUGCUUGCUGUGGAUGAAGAAGGCCAUACCCCAGCCUUGGCUUGUGCCCCCAACAAAGACGUUGCUGACUGCCUGGCACUUAUCCUUUCCACCAUGAAGCCUUUUCCACCUAAAGACGCCAUCAGCCCUUUCAGCUUCAACCUCCUCAAGAACUGCGGCAUUGCUGCCAAGACAGCCGCCUGCAGUGCCCUGCCCAACGGGAACAGCUGCCCCUACACCAAGGAUAGGCACAAUGCCAUCGGCUUAGAUGGCUGUUAUUCGGAAUAGCUUAAAAACGAUGAUGGGUGAUCUAGUAUCUCUUCUAUUUAUUUAGGAAUUCUAUCAAUAUAGGACACUUUAAAGGAGAACAAGACUGGGAAUGGGCCUUCCGAAAGGUCGUAGGAACCAAAAAAAAGAAAAGAAAAAACUAGAGAAAACUGCUUCUGCAUCCUACCUAGAUUCUUGCUUUGACCACUAGCAUUUCUUUUGCUAUCAAAAUUAACAAAAAGCAAUGUGGGUUCUCAAACAAAUUCAUCAUUUUGAAACAUUCUGUUUAAAAUUAUCCUAUGAAACUUUAAAAAUCUGCUUGUAUUCUUCCUACCCCUGCUGUUUGCCAAAGGGUAUUGCCCAGUGCUUCUGAGUUCAAUGUUUUAAGCAACCCACCUUUCUAAGUCCAGUUCCUCAAGGCUCGAUGCUUUUGAGUGAAGAGCCAAUUAAAUCCAUUUCAUGCAGGGGGUUGCAGCAUCAGCUGAAGGACCUGAAUUAGAUCCUCUUACUAACUGUGAGUCUCCCACACUUCCCAUCUAUCAGGCAAUCUUAUCAUUCGUGAUCACUUUCUGUGUGCCCUCAGAAUAAAAAUAUUUCUGUGGGACUUUGCAGUCUAGGCAGGGAGCAGAAGCCUGUAUUGCUGCUGCUUUUUGUUUUGCAUUGAAAGGAGGGCAAGGAGGGUGAUAAAUAAGGGACCGUCAAGAAGGGCAGCAGCUCCUGGCAAAGUGCCACUAUCACUGCUUCUUCCUGUAUGGUAAUUUGUUUUUGUUUGUUUGUUGUGCUUGCCCUUUUUGAUUCCAGUGAAAACACUUGAACUGAGAACUACUGUACCUGGACACGCUGAUACUUUAGGCAGCUCAUAUUCCACUGUAUGCAACAUGGAUGCUAUUGCCCAGCGAAUGCGGUCCUCUUUAAGAACUUGUGUAUGCGCUGCCAGAAUUAUCCCAACCACAUCAGGCACUUUAGGGAUCUUCUGUUUUGGGAGGCUAAUUUUUGUUGGGAGAGGGAAGGCUGUCGGGGUUGCGAAAUGUUGGAUCCCCAAAAACAAUUUUCUUUGAGGUUCCCCCCGCCCUCCUAUCUCUGUGUUGCGCAGUGUUUCCCAUUAGACAAGUCAGUGUUGCCUAAAAAAGUUAUUUAUAAAGAAGCAAGCAUUUAUCUUUUGAAAAAUAGCAAAAAGAAAAAAAAAAGAAAAGAAAAAAGCUUUCUGCAAGGAGAACAAUGCACUUCAGAAUCUUACAAUCCUACAUUUGUAUUUAUAAUUUUUCCAGCUAGAAUGACAUCCAGCAGGUUUCAUUAGGGCAUGUGUUUGUGUGUCUGUCUGCCUGUCCAUGGGUGGGGCUAGUAUGAGUGUGUAUUUUUUAUUUUAAAAUUCCUAUUUAUUAUGCAUUUGAGUGUAUGCACUGUUUUUCUUUUUGUACUGUAAACUGUAUCGUGUAGAAACUAACAAAAAAGAUUACCAUAUCACAAAAUAUGUUCAAAGCCAAAGAUUGGGAUGUAGCAAUCAGAUGAAGGCUGCUGGGGCACAUCUUUAUGAUCUAAUAAUCUUUUCCAUCUGUUUCCCAGUCCUGCAGUGCUGUGCUAGUCUUCGGGCUGUGUUUGGCAGAACAUGUGGAUUUUAAGAAUGAAUUAUUCCAAGGCAUUGUAUGUUUGGACCAGUGAGAUUUAAGGCUAGUAACCCUGAGAAACGACUGGUUCUUAUAUUCCCCCAGGUUGUCUUACAGCAUCUAUUUGAUUGUUGAGGAGGACAUAUGAGUCAGCUGUACACUUGAACCCUUCUGCAUCAUGGUGCAUUUUACACUUUGACAAUGUACAGGAAUUGAAAACCCAGAAUUUAAAUGGAAAAGUAAACUUUACCUCCCUCGCCCUGGCCUUUUAUACUGGCUUUAUGAUCCAGAGUGGUCACCAAUACAAUUGCUAGAGCCUUAUUUAUUUGCAUUGUCUGGUUUUCCAAAAAACAGAAGAAUCAGGAAACAGCCAAUUUAGGGAAUGUGGCUAAUGGCUAGAUCCUUUAAAAAGGAGAGUUGAAUCCAGAACUGAAAAAGGAUGAAAUAAUAAUAAUAAUAAUAAUAAUAAUAAUAAUAAUACUGCAGAUAGGAAACAGGUCCCUUCCGUUUGGCACUGUUUGAAUUACCAAAGCCAAAUUCCUACAGCCAAAUGAUACAGCCACCAUCUUGCCCUUUGCCAAACAGUGCAUUUUUAAAGAGGACAUCACUUUGUUUUUCUUCUCCUUUUGUUCAGCCCUCCUCGCCCCCCUAUGGGCUUUGUCUUUCCCAGAGACCAUUGCAUGUCAUUUGGGAUCAGUUCUUCUAAGUACUUGCUGAAUAUUUUAUUGGUUUCCUGCAUAUGGAUAGGUUGCAAACAAUUGGGGGCCUUAAGGUAGCGAGUUCUAGUCUUCAAACAAACCUAACAAUGUCCUUUGACUAAGCCUUCUGCAGAGACUAGGGCACUACUAGCUUAACUGUUUCUUAUUUCUUUGAUGCCCAAGGAAUCUUAAGAAAUCUUUUCAUUUUGCAGCUGCCAGAUAAUGAGCGUAUUAAAAGUUUCAAUGCACUUGCCAAAAAAGCACAGCGACAGCCUGUUGCAAAUUGGCCAUUAAUGUUUUCACUGCACUAUGGUUGGGUUAGUUUUCUCUGCCCUCAGUUACUCCACAUUCUCUACCUUGAAAGAAAGUGUUAACCUUUCUACACCAAAUACCUCACUGUUGGAAUAGAAAUGAACAAAACUUGAAUUAAAGAUUCCUCUUCUUCCCUGUCCCCCACUUUUUAAUGCAGAAAGGUCCUUUUCAGCAUUCUGCAGAGGGAGAGCUGAAAACAAUAAAAACAAAAAAACCACUUGUUUACAUAUUUUUAGGUACUAACAACUUACAACUUCUUUCAAAUUGCCUAAUUUUAUUUUAGCCUUCUAAGUGCAAUCCUUAUGCCCUGCCAUAGAAGGGUAAAGAGGACAUAAGUUGGGAGGCCAAAGUAAGUCUGAAGCCACUCUUGGUCGUUGUUUGAUUUCUUUUAAAGGGCUAAAUGAAUCCUCCUCUAAAGGCUAGAAGCUUGACAGAGACAUUUAUAAGAAAAUGAGUAAGGGAGAGAUCCAGUGCUCCUUGUGCUGGGAACUAGCCUGCCUUCAAGGAUUCUGUCUCUUCCCACAGAUGCUAUUGUUUAAACUCUGUAUUCCUCCCAAGCCAUGUCUUUAUGGCCUGGAGGAAUGCGGACUCUUGCUGAGAAAUCCUAGCACAGAUUGUUCUUAUCCCAAAAGAGAGAGAAACCCAAUAUUUUUUUUUUCUUUUAUUCCCGUGUAUUGAAUUGGAGUUGGUUCUAUAGAUGUUGCUAGCAGUUUUCUGGAAUGAAUAUAGCCGCAAAGGUUUGUUACAAUCUCUGCAAGAGGUCUUGAGCCAGGGAGGUGAAGCUCCCCUGGACCAUAGUUCUUAGACAGCAGGGAUGCUCCCUUCUCAGUUUCUAGGGUUUUUUUGUUUUUUUUUUAAAGCAGGAAUGGAAUUUGAAGGAAGGGGGAGAAGCUGAAAUGCAAAUCAGCUUUCUGAAAUAAGUUUCAGAAUAAGGGAAUUUCCUAACCCUAGUGCCACAUGGGUUAGGUUGGCAUCUAUUUUAUUUCAACUUAUGUUACCUUCUUAUAUUAGAACUGCCAUGGGUUUGUGCAGGACUUCUUUUGCUUAACUGAAGAAAAAUAAUCAGACAGGAUCGUCUUUUUAACUGCAUUCUUGCCAAAAAGGCAUUCCCUUCCUUACAUUUCACCCUAAAAAUUGAAGAUAUGACAAUCAAUGUGAUCUUUUUAAGGGCUUCAGCGUUCUUAGCUCUGUAGCAUCACACAUUACUAUAUUUCUUGUGUUCCAUUUUAAUCCUGUUUUUUUUUUUCCUUUUCCUUAAUGAUGAUGAUGAUGAAAAAAUGGGAGUGGAAACAAUUCCAGCAGCGCAUAUCUAAAUUAAUAUAUUUUGUUGCUUUUUUAACAAGGAAGUGGAGGCAGCAGUUGGGUUGGGCAUGAAGAAAUGUGGCCAGCUCUAUUUUAGUUGCCAGUCUUGUUCUCCUUUAAUGCUGUAACAUGUACAUUUUGACAGCACAGCUUGACAGUUUUAAGUAAUAAUUCAAAUGUCUGGUGGUAAUAACUUGCAUUAUUGUGCUAAGAUGAGAAUUGGUUUUCCCUGGUGCAUUUGUAAAAGAGGGCUGGAGGCAAACUUCCUUUUUUACUUCCUCUCUUUUCUCCUGCCCCCCCCCCUUCCCUCCAUUUGACUUCCUGGUGUGCAGUAUUUUACACAGGGUUGGGAAAAAGUGGGAAGUGGGGCAGAAGAGGAUCUCGCUUACAGCUUCCUGUUGCCACCUAUUUUAGGAAUGGCAUAAAAUCUAUUUUAACCAUGCCUCUUUCUUUGCAUCUUAGAAGACCCUGUUCCUAACCUUUCUGGAUUUUCCCCCCUUUUUUCUUUUCACUUGUCUCAAAAGCAAUCAUGGAGCUUCCCUCCUUAACCUAUCCAAAUACUGUAAGGAAGUUUUUCUCCAACCACCUUUCUCCGAAGCACUUGCUUUACAAGUAAAAAAAUAAGCACUUUUGUUUAAAAGCAUGAGGGUCUAAUUCCCCUUUUUAUAGCAACCUAUAGGAGAAAGGCCAGCAAGGGGAUACGGGAUCAGGAAAAGCCUAUUUUCCUUUUUGUUUCCCCCCCACCCUGCCCCCCUUUUUUUGGUCUAUGUUGCAUGGGAGGGUGGGUGGAGAAUUCUUUUAAUUUACUUCAGGGCUCUAGAGUCAUGGUUCUAGGGUUCAGAGAAUUAGAACAAAGGGAAAUUGUGUUUUAAAAAAUAAACAGCACAAAUACAUUUCAGCUUGACAAGUGUAUUUGCACUGCCAUUGUUAGAUAAAUGGGCCUUCCACUGGGAGCCCAGCUGAGCCAUAUAACUAUUGACAAACACUGAAUGUAAAUGUCCUUGUAGAGGGCAAGUACUGAGAAGCGAUAAAUUGAUCAUAUAUUCCUAAGUGGGCACUUCAAUGAAUUUAAAAUAACCAAUCCUGAUAAAAUGAUGCUGUUCCUUUUUUUUUUAAAUGACUUUAUUUUGUUUACUUUUCCCGGAAGUUGCUGGAGCUUAAGAAAACCCAUUUGUAGCAUUGUUAUUGUUCAUUACCUUUACAUUUUCUUUGUCCUCUUUUCCCGCCCUGCCCAAGGAGUUCAAAAUCAUGGAAUAUAGACAUCCCCCUCUAAUAUAUCUAAAGAGCUCUAAGGUAAGAGAUGAAUUAUGAACUUGCUGGACUGGAAUCUGUAUCCCUGAAAGUGAUGUGUAAAUUAGCACGCAGAACCCUUGUACGUUAUCCAGUCUGGUUUCUUGGUUUGGAACAGUGGAUCUCCAAAGGGGCCUGUCUGCCCAACGUCUUCUGUAUAGACUGAAUGUGCAGAAGACUUUGAAUCUCCUUUAGGGCUAAUGCUCACUUUGUAUUGAGAGCUAGGUCUAAAUGUUUUGGCUUCCUUCUAAUAGGAAUGAAACAGUAGUUCCAAGGACAUAUCCAGAAUACCUUGCAGAUAGGCAAGUUGGGGUGGAAAGUUUCCCCUGAUGGUAGGCAUUUUAAACUCUGGGCAGCAUAAGGUAUUCUGGAACAGCUAUGAACCUUGAUGUGAGUAAUCUUUUUAAAAAAUUCAGUUACUGAAACAAAUAUCUGAGCAAGCAACCUUCCCUCCUUUCCUUGCUGAGUACUGGAAAGUAUAUUUAUAUAUCCCAUAUUUAUCUCUCCUCUCCACACUCAACAUAUUUUUCUCAAAACAUUUCAAUGUAAAAUUGUUGCGCAAUUCCAUUCUGAUUAGAUAUUCUCCCAAUAGUGCCAAAGAGAUGACAAAGUCAGGAAGAUGGUGGAGAGAGAUUUGGUGAUCUUUCAGUUAAUAGCAUACUUGGCUUUUUAAAAAACAAAUUAUUUAAGCUGUAAACCCAAUUCGCUUUGCCUUGAGCAUAUUUUUUAUGUCCAGGAAAAUAGCCGGGGGGGGGGGGAAGAACCACCAUCUGUAUUGGAAAUGUAGAUGUGAAAACCUUGAAUUGUUUCAUUAUUUAAAACCUCCUCUUGGCGGACUUUUUUUUUUUUUUUUUACUGGGUGCUUCAGUAUCAAGCAUGUAGCAUUUGAGAAAAAUGUGACUUCAGCAUCAUUAACUACUACAAAACAGUCAAUGAAUAUUAAAGAAGAGAUGGGGAUAUAUAGAUUUUUUUCCCCACUGAAGCAAGGAGAAUGUUAAUUGAAGUUGGGAUUCUGUGAACUUUGGAGCAAUGAUUUCAUUUGAAUCAUGAACUUGGGGGUCAGAGAAAAAGUUCUUAAUGUUACAAAUAGGUAGAAAAUAUUUUGGGCUGGGGUGGGAAGGGGAUAGAUCUCUAAGGACUCUGUAAGGCAUCUGUAGCAAGUUCUUAGUGUCUUUCUUUCAGUAAUCUAUGUGUAAAUGCUGCACCUAUGUAUAUUAUGCACAUAAACAUUUCUUUGAAUAAGAUAGGACAGACCUCAUCACCAGUCAGGUAUAAACUACUCUUCCUCUUUUGUGUGUUGGUUUUCCUCUGUGUGUAUGUAUGUGUGCGUGCGUGUGCGUGUGUGUGUAUAUAUAUAUAUAUAUAUACCUGUAUGCGAUGAGCAUCUUUUCGAAUUCACUUUUGGUGCAAAAACAAAAGGGAUUAAAAAGAGAAGAAAGAAAAAUAGCCUUACUUUUAAUUCCAAUCCUAUCUUAGUUUGUCAACUUGAAUAUAAUAAAGCAGAAUUGCAUGAAAGUCUUUGAAACUAGCUGAGCCUUGUGUGCACGGUGAGUGGCAGUAAACUUUUUUCUAAACAAAAAUUAGUAUGCAAUUUCAGCCACACAGCUUUUAGAAAAAGUCCUGCUUUUUGUUUUUGUUUUUUUUAAGAACGGCGCAGGGGGGUUGAUUAUACCAGCUUGUGCCUGCUUUGCCUUCUCAAAAACUUGGGAAUUAGUUCCCACUCAGUCACCAGAAGAGAGAUUUCAUAAAGAAUCUCACAUUGUAAUUUUUUUUUCAUGAAACCAGUGUUUUCCAGAAGAUGGUAAGACCUUUGUUAACCUUUUCAGAGGUACUGUCAGUGUACCUCAGAGUGUACUGUCAGUGUAGAUUAACAGCAUGUUUGAUUAUUGAAGAUAAUAUUAUCAUGGGGGUUUAGGAAGGAAAAUAAAGAGAUGCCUUUUGUAAUACACCAGGAGAUGGUUCAGAUUAUUCCUUUGUCUGCUUCCAAGAUAACUGCCCUAGUGUUGCAUCCUGUUUGGCCUGCAUAAAUUAUUACUACAUUUUAGAUACAACUGCAUAUUGCACUUCCAUCAGCAAUAGGGAAAAGGCAAAAAAUGACUGGAAGUGUGGAAAUUAUUCCAGUUGGUCUUUUGACCUGCACCAUGGAUAUGUUAAUCUAUUGUGUAAUUUUUGUCCCAGUCAUUUGGUUGCAGCACUGUAAAUGUGGUAUCUCUUCUGUCAACUUGAUUAUGAGAAUAAGGAGAAAGGUUGGUUUCAAGUCCUGCCUCUUUGCUGUGAUAUGAUUAAGGUUUGUCAAUGUAUAGCUGUCCCCUCUAAAUUUGACUGUUCUUGCAUGCAAUCCUCUAUGAUUGUUCAUCUUUAAUUUAGAUAAUACAAGGAUCCUAGAUUUUGGGGAGGGGGAAUAGAUGGAGUAGCUUCACAGAAACAAAUGUUACAGACUUGAGAACAAGCUGCCUAUGGUUGCAUCAGGAAGAAGGUCUUGGUUCUUAUAUUCUGAGAAUUUCUUUGAUAUCUGAAAUUUGCACUAACAUGUCAUCUGAUCAAUUGAAGAUAUCUUAGGCAAAAUUGGAAAUAGGGGCAUUAAUAAGUAGAGCACACUUACAGAGAUGAGAAGCGUGAGAUAAAAGAUCAAAACCAAAAGGAAAGUUGGUACCACAGGUUCUUGGAAGUGAACACAGAAAAGGCUUUCCUGUUGUGUUGGGCAUCGUGUAGACAAUGUUGAAUGGUUCGGGCACACUUUUUAGAAUCCUGCAGCGCCUAGUAUACAAAAGUAAACCCUUUUUGUACUGACAGAAGCAGACAGAGGCCAGUGGAAGAAUUAGCAGUUAAAAUGAGGAACCAGGAAAGAUCAGUGUUGAAGGAAAGAUCUGGAAACAUAGCUUUGUGGACUGAAACUAAAUAGGGCAUUAUUGCAACCAUAGUGUAAGCUGUCAGUUCUCAGUAUUUUGAAAGGCAUUUUUCACUGGUCCACUUGAAGAUAUUUAUUGAAAUGGCUGCUGAUAGUUUUGUAUGCAUGUCCUUAACUUGAACUUUUUGGAAAAAUGAUAGCGAAAGAAACUUCCUGGAAUGCAAUUGCAGUUAACCUAGAUGUUGUGUCAGUAUCUCUGGCUUGCUGACAUUGGAGUAGGUGACUGAGGGAAAUGCAUUUAAAGACAACCUGCUGGCAUUUCUCCAAUUUGCUUUCCUGCUUCUCCUCUACCUUGAAGUUCACCUUUUGGCACUAUCCAACUGACUUCUGAUUCCAUUAGAAUGGGGAGAACGUUGAUCCAGGAAGUUAGAUUUCAAAACAGAAACAGAAACGGAUGUUGUAUUGAAAGGAUACUCUUAAAAAUGUUAACCAUUCCAGACGCCUUAGCUACCUAACAUGAAUGUAGCUUGUUUACUUAUGAGAAGAAGCACCUUACAAAGUUAUUCUAUCUUCCUGUAGUGGAAAGGCUAAUAAUUUAACCUUGGCAGGAUAUAUAGGAAGCCCGUUUUGGUUGGAAGGAUUUGCACUGAAGAAAGGGAGCAUAUUGGUAGUUUGCUCAAAUCCAUCUCUUUCUCAAGUAUGAAACCUAAAUUGGCUUCUCCCCCCCCACCUGUCUCUUUUAUUGUUUUAACUUCACUUACUCUCAUCCUUCAUCUCAUAAAGAAAGGCAGGCAGCUGAUUUAGGGUUUCUUUUUAUUUCCCCCUUCUCCCUGCAUUUUCUCUUGUGUACAAGGUGACAGAUCUCUGGUUUUUUUCCUAAAGUGAACAACCCUUAAUCAUAAAGCCUUAUGAAGUAUCUCUGCUUAAAGUCUGUGUGACAAUUGGAGGGUAUUGGAUCUCAGGUGGAAUAGAGAGAUGCAGAACAUUAAUCUGGCUUCUUUGGUCCUAAUCUUACCUCCCUUCUGUUCCCUGCAAUCUGUACAUCCUACUCUAGUACCUUGAAAAUUGGUUGUGGAUACAGUGAACCCCUUUCUUCACAUGUUUAGUUUUGAGACUUAUAAUCCAACUCUUCUGGGGUGAGAACACCAGCUUUGGGAAGGCUGAACUAAAAAUGUGUGUUAAUUCUUGCCAGGGUAGUUUUCUUUCUGCCCUGCUGUAAUUUGAUGCCAUGGUUGUAUUGUAUAGAUUCAGAGCUUUUAAAAAUUGCACUAAAUAUGUAUGUGGCAAUUUCUGAUUUUUCCUUUAAAUCUUUUUUUCCCCAAACCAAAAAGUUUCUUCUGUUCCUGGGGAACGGCACAAGUGUAAUAUAUCUGUUAUUUGUUCCUUUUGCUUUUUAAUGGAUCUUGCUUCCUUUCACACUAAAGCAGCGCUCUGCAGAAGGAUAUAACACUGAAUUCUUCAAUUUCAUUAAUUUUUUAUUCCUUGCGCUAUUCUCUCUUUUACAAAUUAAUCUGUCCCUCCCCCAUAUUAAUACAUUUUAUCACAAUACUGCUGUUUUCUCUUUUCACUUCUGAUAUUUGCAAGUGACUUUAAAGUAUAGGAACAAGGCUGCAGAGCAAGACCUCAGUCCCAGAGCUUUGGGCCCUCCUAGUUUCUACCAAAAGACAGACAUGGGUAUAUUUACAAGUUUAUCUCCAACAGAAAUUUAGAAGUAGAGAUUCUCCCCCACCCCCACUCCUUCCCCAUCCACUGGCUAUACUCCUGACUCCCCCACACACAUGCUUUUUGGCACCAAAUUAGGCCAUCCGAAAGUCCAGAAAGAAACAGGUGUGUGGUUCUUUCAGAAUUAAUGGCUAAGUAGAACAUAACUUUGUUCUGAAGAAGUGGUAGAAAAGUGGGGAUUACAGGCCGUGUACCUCUGGCUGAAGGGCUUGGCCCUUCUCCCCUCAGCACUUGGGCCUUUGAGAGUGAUCUAAUUUGGGGCAAGGAUAGGGCCUCCUCCUGCAUUUCUUUGCCACAAUAUCCAUGAUCAUAGUAAUAAAGCACAAACAGAGUUUUCUGUAGUAGAUUAAUUAGCAAAAGAAACUGGCAAUAAAACUAGGCAAGUGCCCAAGUAGCUGUUUAAUAAAGAAAUGAGAAUUAAAAGCAGCCAUGCAACUUUCUAUCUCUGGAUAUAAAUUCUAUAAACUACUACUAUCCCCACAGUAGCAGUCCUUAUCACUUUUGAGGCCUCUGCUGCAGUGAGAGCACACAAAGAACAUACGCUUUGGUGAUUUGGUGAGAAUGUGUUGAGGCAAAUAUGCCUAGAUAUAUUUGGAAGUGGCUUGAACUCUUAGCUUUUCACAAGUUUUAUUCUUAGCUCUUCACAAGAAUCUGACAAAGGAUCUCAAGUUGCAUUCAUAUUUGAGAAGUAAUUGGGUUACUAAUUGAUACAUCUGCCUUCAGAUUGCUUGUCUUCCAAACUAAGAAAAGACAGGAGAAAUGUUACACUGAUUCUGGUUGGCUAAGAUGUGCUUAGGUAUUUUUAUGCUAAGAAUGCAUAUGCAUUUCUCAAAAAAUAGCUUCAUAACAUAAUUUUCCUACUACAACUUUUCCUUUCCUGGCAUUCACCAGAUGUUCUGGAUACCAGCAUUCAUAAUCCCCACCCAGUGUAGCCAUUGGCCCACAGACUGGAAAUUAGAGAGUUGCUCCAAGAAAUUCAGAGGACGCCAACAUGGAGAAAACUGUCAUGUUGUGUAAAUUCCAGAUCUAAGCCUCUACUAGAAUUGGUAUGAUGGUGAGGGAUGUAUAGGGCAGCUCAUACUGCCCCCCCCAAAAAAGGAAGGUGGCACCACAGCUCACAGCUUCCUUAAGUUAAACACAAAUGUUAGAACUUUCAAGCCCAUUCGGAUGGGAGAAAACAGUAUACCCUGCAUGUUGCUCAGAGGAAUAAGUUACAUCAAUGAGACCUGCAGUUUGCUGUGGAAAUUAGUAAAAUCCUAAUUCCCCCCCCCCUUUUUUUUUGGCAGUCUAUUUUGAAUCUAGGAUUGGGAGACCAUGUUGACAAUCUAACUAGAGCGUGCCUGCAUUUGUUUUUUGAAGUGGAAUUGUGGACUUACUAUUAUUCUUAUUACAGUUAGCAUUCCUAUUGCAUGUUUAUUUUUAAUUACUUCGCCAUGCUGUGUCUGCAACUUGGAUGUCAUGAACGUGGGUGAAGUUGGAAGCUUGUGGUUUUCCUUUGAAGAUCAGGAGGAGUUGCUUUCUUUUCCUUGUGUUAGGUUCAUGACAGACAUGCCCCAAUAAUGGCCAACCUACUGUUUUACUAGUUGUGGGCUUGUCUUAUAGCAAUACUUGUUGGCUGUGAGCUUGCAGGCACUUAAAAAGCUACCUGUGUUUGAAACAGAUUUCUUCUUUGGGAGCAGCAAUAAAGGGGAUGGAGGAAGGGGAGGGGGAGUAAAACUGGUUGCUGUGUUGAGAGUUUGUAGUCUGUUCUGUAGUUUGUACUCUUGGAUGUUUUGUGUUCUUAGUUCUGUUUUAUUUAAUUGGGGGGUGCAUUAUAAUGAUAAAUGGAAGGAUUUUGAAGUAUUGUGAUACAAUUCUUUAUAAGCACUGAUUUCAGCCCCAAUGGGAGUUUUCUGCUUGAAAGCUUUGAUUACCUUAAUUGCUCAUGUACUGUACCUUCCCACUGUUGUCCUUGUUGCUUUUACCAGUUCUUUCUUCCUUCCUUGGUUUCUUUACACUGAGAUGCACAAAUGGUAUGUACCUUUUAAGGGACACCCUAAUUGUGUUUUUUGUUGUCUAAAGGUAGAUACAGCCAAUAUUUUGUGAUGGUAUUUGUAGUAAAGGGUGACUUAGAUGGUAUAUUAUGUCUGCAUGAGCCGCAAACUGUGCUUUUUUCCUUACUCUGUCUUCUCUUCCCAGCCAUUUUCUCUAGCUGCAAGUAUGCAACAGAGUUGGGGGGAAAGUGUGAGAGCAUUGCACACAUUGUACGCCUUCUUUGCUGUAGCUAGGGGUGACAGUCUAAUUUACAUACAUGUAUUUUCCAGCCUGUCUCCUAAGGAUUGACAAAGGCAUCUUACUAUUGAUGCUAACUUUUACUGGAUUGUGGAAAUAUGGUACAGUUCCUUCAGGGUGGCUUUAAUUAGCAGAAGAUCAAACCAGAAUUGGUUUUUUAUUUUUGUUUUUUGGGGUUUUUUUUGUCCUUGUAUAAAUAAUGUAAAAUCUUAAAAUAUGAAUCCAUUCAAACACCCCUUUGCCUAGCUCCUUUUUCUUGGCUCCUGAGCACUUCUCAAUUUCUUGCAUUUCAGUCUGGGACCAAAACCAUAUAAUAUAGUCCUUAAUAGCUAGGAGAACCACAGUAAAUCCCCAAAGGAAAUCUGUCCUAUAUCCACUUAAAAUGGAGAGAGAGGCAUUAAAGCAGCCUUUCCCAACUGCUGCUCGCUAGAUGUGUUGGAUUUUAACUUGCCCACCCUUUGGCUCUGCUGGCUAGGGCGCUAGGGAAGUUGAAGUCCAUCCCAGCUGGAGGCCUCAGGGUGUGGAAGGCUGCACUACAGUAUUCUUUCUGCUUGACCUGUAACUGCUGCUUAUAAGUGGAAGGCUUUUGUCUUCCAUGUUGAAUCAUUUGGUCCAAAGGCAUUCAGAGAAGAGUGUAUAUUCUGACAUCAUGUCAGUUUAGCAUUCUGUUAGCUUUAUCUGCACAUUUGGGGCAAGGUUUUUAAUCCUUGGUUAGCAUUAUCAUAGUAUUUUCUCUAACUGCAUGGAGGCCAGUGUGCCUCAUUUUGGCUUCAGUGUCAGUUCUUCAGGGAACUGAGAGGGAAGUUGCCCCAGUUUAGAAGAUGUUUUAGUAGAUUUUUUCUUUUCCCUUUGUGUGUUAUGGCCAUCUGCAGGAAUGUAGGACACUUGAGGAGCAUUUGGCUCUACAAUAAAACUGGUUUUCCUCCUUUUGGUUAAGGUCUCUGUAUCUGGGGUCAGAGCCAUAGAGACUCCAACUAGAGCAGAUCAAGAAUUUCCAUACAAUCUGUGUGAAAAGUGGACUUGGAGAAGAGGAAUGGAUCUUAGCAUUUCCCUUCAAAGUUGCCUGCCCUUUGUGCAAGCACUUUACAUUUAGUGCAUGGAUAAUCAUAUGCAGAGUCUUCAUAAGUAUUAAUUGCAGGUGAUCUUAAGGAAAGAUCAGCUAAACUGGUAAAAUCAUGUCUUUUUCUUUUUUUCACACUUAAAAAAACCCCCUAACUUCUAUAGUUGAACUGACAAAUGAAAUAUUUAGUUCUGGAAAGAACUCCCGGAAAUGAACUUCCAUGACAGAGUUUUCUGAAACAAAAUCAUCCAGUGGUGGCUUUACCACUACAGAUGCUCUCUGAAUUAAUUCUGAUCUGCAAAAGUUUUGAAUUUGGGAUAUGCUAUCUCCCAUUCCUUCUCCUCCUGCUCAGGGUGGAAGAGCUGUCUAGGAUUAUAGAGAUGCCUAAAUUAAAAGAUGGACGGGUGUCUUGAUGUGGAAGUCAGUCUACAUUUCAGUAGUUUGGUUUGGGGUAUGGAGGAAGAACAGAUCUUCAUACUACUUCUUGCAAUAAAAAACUGAGCAGAUCAGGGCACACAAAACCCUUUCUUGCUCUUAAGAUGCUUCUCAUCUUAAAACACCUGGCAGCCAUGGAGUCCAUGCAAGGAGGGAAAAUCUAUAGGGUAGGAAAUUCUGUAUAUCCUCUCUAUUUGUGUUUCCUAUGAUCAUCUAAUGAACAUUAAUUUGGGAGGAGGAAUGGAAGGUAGUUCUUAGAUCAGCACCUCAUACUUACUGUAUCUGUUUUGUAUUUGGGCUUUUGUAUUUAAUAGGGUAGAAUGGGAUGGGGAAAUAAUGUUGUUUUCACCUUCAGAGCACUGAAUCUACAACCUGCUGAUCAAGACCAGCAUGCAACCAUGUUGACCUCCUUUGAGGCAGGGGCCUUAAUUGGGAUGGUUUAGUUAAGCAGAUUUUUUUUUAAUUGGAUGCCUCUAUGUGUGUAUGUGUAUAUGUGUAUAUGUUGAAAUGGGUGGGUGAAGAUGGGAGUAUUGUUUGAACAGUAAUAUUUUGGGUUUGGGGGUGAAGGAUGGGCAUUGGAGCAAGAAUGGAAGUGCUCCCUAUGAAGCAUUGCCCUUCUCCAUUGGCUGUACUUUUGGAUCUACAGUGAUUGUGGGGAAGUUUAAUUUUGCACCCUUAUCUUGCUAGUGUUGGAAAGCUUGGACCAAUGUUUAGAAGAGAUUAUUAAAAAUAAGCAUUCAGAUCAGCUCACGGGCCUGCCUUCUUACUUGCAGACACAUGAUCUUCCUUCAAACACUGGUUUAAAGCACAAAAAAAUGCCCAAAUGCUCACUCUGUGGGUGUUUCAGAAAGGGGGUUGUUUGGUUACAGGGCAGGAGUUGCCAAGGCCAGUUCACAUUCCCCAAAGUCUGCUUUUAACCCCAGUGCAAUGGAAAAUCCUGAUAACGCAAUCAGAGUGUCGCUCUUUUGAGAUUGAUUGGCAAUCUCCCUUUCUUACUGAGCUCCUUGCCCCCAUUUCUUCACUGGAAGCAGUCUCUUUCAGUUUAAAAAAAUAAUAAUUAUGUUUCCAUCAAGAUCAAAGUUUUAUUCUUAGAAAGGCAGAUCUGUCAAACCAACCAUUCUCUCUCCCCCUCCCCCCCCCAGCCUGGUUGUUCCAUGAAAUGAAAACAUUAUGUUAAAAGAUCGAUGUAAAAUCAUACUGAAUUAACAAUACAGUGAGGUAUCACAAGCCAUCCAUUCCCCUUUCUACACAUCUCAGUCUUGCACAGUGUGGAAGCCACCUUGUAUAAGCCCUUUACAUGAAUCCUGUGAAUGAUUAACCUUUUUUUUUUUUUGUCUCAGAUGAUAUAUAUGCAUUUUCAGAAUUUCUGCAUUACCUUUGGGGGGGUUGGGGAAAGGGGUUAACAGGAACUUAAAACUAAAUUAAAAAAAAAAAAAAA